AACAGCUUCAUUGCAAGAAAAAGCAAUGAAAAAGUAUGAAAAAGAAAGUGCAAUUAACAAAGAAUAUCCAGAGUCAUCAAAAUCUGCAAGCACAUCUUCAAAGAGGAAGAAUGCGGACGUUGAAAAAGGAAGUGCACCAGAAAAAGGUAGUAAAACAAGCAGAGAUAAUAACAGCAACAGAUGUCGAACAUAUGAAGAGCGAAUUUUGGCUGUGGAAGAGCAAAAACUGGCUUUGAAAGAACAAAAACUGGAGAUAAUGCGCCAGCAGUUGCAAGUUCAGGCAGACAUUAGAGAUGAGCUGCAUAACAUAAAUAGCUUUAUCAGCUCUAUAAGCAAUGUCACUACUUUGGCCUCUUGCAACCCGUAA